AAAUAUAUACUUGCUAUACUUUAAUUUUUUUACUGUAUUAAUCACGUUUGAUAUUUAAAGUUACUAAACGAACUGAAUAAUUUUAAAAGUACACGUGAAAAAUGAAAGUAAAUAUUAUAUCCGAAAUGGGUGUAAUUCGUGAUUUUGAUUUUGUUGAUGGAAGUUUUGACUAUACAUCGUUGUUGACAGUAACAAAAGAAAAUUUUCCCCAUAUAAAGAGGUAUGCCCUUCUGUGGAAAGACAGUGAUGGAGAUAAGAUUACGCUUUCGUCCCAAGAAGAGCUGAAUGAAGCGGUAACCUACAGAACAGAGGAGGAACUUGAUAUCUAUAUAACAGAAAUCUCUGAUGAAAUUUCGAGUAGGUUGUACCGUACAGAUGAGGAAAUUGGUUUGGACAUUGAUGACAGUAUCACACAUCACAAUGCACAUCAAACAAACCCUCGAUGGGACAGAAGAAAAUGUUAUAAAAGAAUUAAAGCGGUAACGGAGAAGACUCCAGACAAUCUGCCGGAUUUCUUUUCAAUUUCUAAAGUUCCGUGUAGAAUCAAGCGACGUCUGAAGAGAAGCGACAGGAAGUGUCUACGUCAUCGGAUUAGAGCAAGCAGCUGCUACCCACGUCAAAAACAUGGCGGUAGAAAACGUCUGCGUGAUGUAAAUAAAUCGCUAGAAAACAUGUCCAUUUCAUGAUCUACAUUUGUGUUGACCCAGAGCUGCAGCUGAUGAUUUAAUCAGCUAAACUUUGGAUCUAAUCGGCAACACAAAGCAAGCCUCUGGAAUAACAUAUUUCAUUUUAAAAUUAUAAUUAAAAUGUUUCUUCCACUGCAUGUCAUUCUCAUGAUGGUUUAAAUGUAUUGUAGACAAAAUAAAUGUAUUCCUAA